AUGUUGUCAAAAGAGCCGAAACUAGUGUUAAUCAAAGCAACAAAAUUGAAAUCAUUUGGCAGAAGAAGAAGCAAUUCUUUCUGGUUUCCAGAAGGCAUUCGUUUUGGCAAAAGAUAUACAACUAAACAUAUAUACACUAAACGUUUAUAUAUCCUAUGGCUAUUAACUUUGCUUUUUCUAUCAUUUCUUAUCUACAAUUUUCUUGCCUAUGAAUACCAAAUUCUCCACAUUUGUCACAAUAAUAUACAUCGACAACAAAUCAGAUAUGACAAAAAUGGUGAAAUAGAAGAAAGAGAUCAAUUGGAUCGUCGACUUCCUAAGUGUAUAAUAAUCGGAGUCCGAAAGUGUGGCACUCGAGCUCUCCUUGAAUUCCUAAGCAUUCAUCCGUCAGUGAAGAAAGCCUCAGAUGAGGUCCACUUCUUUGACGACAAUUCCAAAUAUAGUUUAGGUUUUGAUUGGUAUCGAAAACAAAUGCCAUACUCUUUGCCUAAUGAAGUGACUAUUGAGAAAAGUCCGGCUUAUUUUGUGACCGAUUCAGUGCCGCAACGUAUAUAUCAAAUGAAUGCGUCGACAAAAUUAAUUAUAAUUGUAAGAGAUCCAGUCACCAGAUUGGUCUCAGAUUACGCUCAAUUGGCCGCCAAUAAGGCUAAUAAAAAUCGACAAAUGGCUUCAUUUGAAGAUUUAAUUUUAGUUAACGGCGACAAAAUCAAUACCAGUUAUAAAGCCAUUCGCAUCGGUAUUUACGCUAUGUUUUACUCGCGUUGGACUCAAGUAUUCCCGAAAAGUCAGGUCCAUGUCGUUGAUGGCGAUCGUCUUGUUUACGAUCCCUUUCCUGAAGUUCAAAAAGUCGAGCAGUUCUUAGGUUUAAGUCAUCGGAUUAGUCGCGAAAACUUUUCAUACAAUUCUACUAAAGGAUUCUUUUGUGUCCGAUUUAAUGGCACUUCAGAUAAAUGUCUAAAUGAAAGCAAAGGUAGAAGACAUCCACAAAUUGAUCCACAAGUGAUUCAAAGACUAAGAAGAUUUUACGCAUCGCAUAACAGACUUUUUUAUCAAUUGGUCGGUAAAGACUUUGGUUGGCCUGAGUUUUGA